UCCAGUGAGCAGAGCCAACCAACUGAUUCUGCAAGGCUCAAGUUUAGGUUCACACUUGUGCGUGCAGAAGGCCAAAACGUCCCCCCACGGUGGCCGUGCAUUAAAUGGCUCCAGAACACUUGGCUUGCGGGACAGAGAAAGUGAGCUGCCUUCUCCACAGUGCUACACGCUGAGGCCUGCCGAGGUGGGCGGUGUGGCAGGUCAUAGCCGCUUUUCCAUUAUGGUACCACGGAGGCCAAGCUCACAGGACUGACAGAGCGUAGAAGCUGCUGGGGGUCAGCCUCUUUCCGUCUCUGUAACUUGGUGGUUCACUGUAAAUUUCAUCACAAAUAGGAAGAUGGACCCUUUUCCACCCACCCAAAGGGAAUCCCUAAUCCUUCCAUCUGGUAGGAUUCCCCCUAAACUGUCCCAAGCUAGCCUUGUCUCUGACCCCAAGCAGGAGGGAUACAGGGACGGAUACUUCCACGCCAAGAGACCGUCAGAGAAAAAGUCCAACAAAUCUCUUCCCGACCUCCCUUCCCUCCUUAUCGUUCCUGGCACCCCUGUCUCAGUCUCCAUCAAUGUCCAAGGCUCUGAGACUGUCUCAGAGUCACCUGGAAGUGCAGAGCGAUCCUGGGUGAGUCCACACUGCCUCACUUCUGCGUGGCUUCCUCUGCAUUUGCCCAGGAGGAAUGGUUCCCGGGGGCAGCCCCUCGCAUCUCCCAGCCCGCCACCCCCCCCCCCCCCCGCUCCAAAGCCUGGAUUCACGCCACACAGUCUCAGCUCACACACAUGCAACCUGACACAACCCCAGCCUCCCACCCUCGAGCUUCCCAGGACCCCCUCUAGCGUGGAACAGAGAUGGAGAAAUGGCUGCGGCCUCCUGCAAGAGGGAAAAGGCAAGUCCCAGCCAAGCUUCAGACCUGCAGGAGGUGGACGUCCACGCUGCCCACCCCCACCGCUUGGAGCCCCUCAGGCACACACGUGCACGCAAGCAUCUGUCCCUCUAAAUGCUCACGACCACCGGGGGCGGGGGGAGGCACUGGGAGGGACAUCUACCUUCUCUACUCUUCUUCCUAGUCUGAGGCUGGGGCCCGGGAAGACAGCCAGCCUGAGUCAAGGGCUUGUUACCACUUGGAAAGAUUCUCAUUUGGAGCCUUCCUGCCUUUGGGCGCGGCGAUCACCCAGGACCAGCUCUGCGAGGACCGCUCUGGGAGCAUCGACACAGGCACCCACACAGGGUGUGCUCAGGAACUCCAGACCCUGCAUUGGGUCCCCCCGCAGGCGGUCCCCACCGGCGGCCCUGUGCGAGGGAGCGGGGGCAGCGCUAGCAGGCAGGUGCAGGGCAGCGUCUGUCUUGGGGAAGCCACAACCCUCCGUCUCUUCCUCACUAACUAAGACACUCUGAGGCUCCUGCAGCCCACAGUUCUUGACCUCGCUCCUCCUCAGCGGGUGUCUACAGAAGAGAGCGCCUCCCUCGAACCCCUGGACAGACCCUCACCCCAGGCGCCACAAGAGGAGGCAGCACAGUGACAGAGCUCCCCCUACUGACAGCUGGCCACACUGACCCACCCAGGAAGGCCUGUGCGAUGUCUCUCUCCCAGUCACCACUUUGUGAAUUAGACUCCAGGAAUAUCUUCCAGCGCCCCCUCAAUCCUCCACCCCCAAAUUACAGGGGCUUUAUCCGACAGAUCCACAGGGGCAGGCCCUUGUGUCACCGCCCAGGUCCUGCAGACAACACAGAGCUUCAAGCAGAACCUGACAUGACAGCCAGGACAGGCUCUUAACCCAGCAAAGGGCCAGACUGGUGGGAUGUAUUCCAGAGACCUCAACGGUGCCAACCUCAAAGAGUCACGUGUGCCAGGCGACUCCAUUCAGUGCCCACACUGACUGCCACCCAGGGGGCUGGUCAAGGCCUUCCCAAAGGAAUUCUUAGACUCUGCUCACGUCUCCCAGCACCGGCAGCUAAACGGAAGCCCUACCCCUUCUAAGGGACUGUGGAUGACCAUGGAGUGAGUGAGAGUAUAACACACUUGGUUCUCAGAGAGCCUGGACGUUCAUUCCGUCAUUUAACCCUCACAGUGUCUCUGCCACCUUCCCGGCAUAAAGUGGAUGCCUCCUGGACACUGAGGCUUAGAGAGAUGAGGUGACCCGCCAGGAUAAAAGCUCAGCUCCUCCCCUAGGCUGUCACUUUCGUGAGGGGCUAAGGGCUGAGAACCCUGAGGAGGAGGGAUACCGGAACCACAAGCCUCUGAGGCAGGGGCUUCUCUCCCGCCCCUCGCCGGGCACUGAGGUCACCAGAGUGACCCUCUGCAGAUCUUCACAAUCUAGAACCACCAACGCUAGUGAGACAGAGGCUUACUGGAGAAGCAAAGCAGGUGAAGGGAAUGAGCUCAGGCACAGGGACUUGAUGGGUGUCUGCUGCCUGACCGCCACUAGGAAGUGCCUCUUGGAAGGGAUCAGGAGCCCAGCCAGCGGAGGGAAGGCGAAGGUCCCCAUGGGUGCAGCUUCAGACAUCGCACUCCCACGGCCCCAGUUUCCGUUGCCCAGUGCCUCACAACUUAGCAUGGGAUUUGCCUUGAUGUACUUGUCCUGGAUUCUCCUCCAUGCUCAAGAGACCCCAGUUCCUGGUCUAGAGAUCCUGAUUCAUUAGUUUUCCCACGACCCCAAGAGCCCAGGCUGGCCUGAAUUCCAGAUGAUGACCACCACCGACAUCAGAGGGACCAGAUCAGAAGUCACCCUGCUGGCCAGCACCCAGGGCUUCUUACCUGCCUCCCCUGUAUCACACUAUUGCAGAGGCAGGCAGGCCCAGCCAGGUCUGGCACAGAAGUUCCCAGGUUGGGGUAAGAAAGCUGACCUCUUCUCCGAGUGCACGUGCUCUAAUGGAGCAUGUCCUCUGGGACCUCAUGAGGACUCUGAGUGGUACAAUCAGGACAUUUCUUGGGCUUGCAGCAGCCAAAGGCAAACAUCUUCAAUUUGCAAUCCUACCACCAAAGUCUCAAAAGCAGAAUGUAAAUCAAUUUCCUGCAAAGGAGUGGAUUUCCUUGGCAACCUAGAAUUUCCUCAGUGGUGGAGUUUCUCCAUCAAUGCCUAAGGAAAGCCACUGCUGCUUCGAUUUUUCCAUUGGAACAUCUCUUUUCUCUCAUAAUGCCAUUAAAUAAACCCCAGCAAGGGGAGGUACAAAACUGGAAAAGAAUUACCAAAUGGUCAGUUCUCUACUCGUCUCUAGCCCUGGAGUUUAGAAGAAAGGUGAGAUCCAAGCACAGAAAGGUGAUCCUCUUUCUGGAGAAAACCAGACACAUCGUAGAGCUCUACAAGGUAUGAAACUGAGCAGAAACCUCCAAGAGAGGUCAGGAGAGAGAUGGUCCACGGCGGGCAAGAAGGAUCAUCACCGCUCACCUUGGCAUUGCCAAUACUGCAGAAGCCGGGCCUCUGCUCCUCGCUCACAAAGGGCUGCACUUAUCUCACCCAGGCAAUAUAUGGCUAAUUCCACAAAAAGGACAGAAGAAUAAAAAGGAUUUUUUUCUAAUAAAUAUUCUCUUGCAGCUAAUCCACCCUUUGUAACUGUCAGGCUCCACGGGGCUGGCAGCCAGCCCAUCAGACAAGAAAUGCAGCUGUGCCCUGGGAAACAUGAGAAGAGGAACAGAUUAUUAAAGAGGAAAAACAUGUUUGGUAACUAUGUCUGAGGGGAGUCCUCAGAGGGAGACCCUGGCAGCUCGGGGACCCCAAAACCAAUGCCACCCAGAAGCCACGGCUAUGCUACGGGGAUGGAGCCAGACAUGUGAGCCCUGAGAGCAGCCUGCGGAGCCUGCUUUCCUGAGCCUCCCUCAGUCGGCUCAAUGGAAAAUGGCAACAGAGUGACAGAGGUGUCCCAUCAGGAGGCACGCGCUUUCUGUGUCCCCCACCACCCAGCACGAGGCUGAGGACACACGAGCUCUGCAGGGAGGCAGCCCAUGUCUGCAGCGGGCUUCCCUCCGGCUCUGUGACAGUUCCCUGGCAGGCCGCCCCGUGUGACGAUGACACUGUAUGGGGAGGGGUUUCACAGCACCUGUGGCCCCGCAAGUCUGUGGGUAAGAUGGGGAUAUCAGGACAGGAGACAUCCUGGUUAGGCUGUCCUGGAAACCGUGGGUUUGGAUAAACGACACGGUACAUAUGGAAACGCCAGUGUUCCGGGCUCAGCCAUCCAGCGAGGACUGUUACACAGACGGAAGAGGAAGAACACCUCCCCCACCUUUCUCCAGUGUCCCUGCAUCAUCACCUACAAUUAUAUUCUAAAGAGAGAUCGCCCCCAAGCCAGCCCCCAGGAUUUUUUUCAAACCUUCCCACGUGCUUCCUGCUGCUUCUCUCUGCACACCUGUCCUAUGAGCCUCAGCUUACCAGAGCCCCCAACCAGAGGGGAAGGGGCUGGGGACUGCACGCUCAGGUUCCACUGUCACCACACAGGGGACAGCAGACCAGCGUGGGAGCCUGGGGGGAAUAGUCAGGCAAGAUUAAUCUUUGGCUCCAGGGCCGAGAGUCCUGGGACACAAAGUCUAACAUUACAUCCUUCCUUUUGACUCCCCUCAGCGAUCUGGCCACUCUGGCCUAUGGGGCUGCACCUAGCCCCCCAGCCAUCAGCUGUCUGGAGAAAUUCAGGAGAAGGGGGAGUGCAGGCAUACACUCUGCUCCCAAGCCAGUGUGAGGGACACCAGCCUGAGAGACAGAAUCAGCUCUGUGACAGACCCCUAUGUCAUUAAGCAAAAUCAGAGUCACUGAAUCAGACCACUCGCUGUGUUCCAAGGACCGUUCUCAACUCUGCCCAUCACAAAUAAUCCCAUCUUCACAUCAACCUCCUUUUUAUUGAGGUACAAGUCACGUCACAUAAAAGUCACCAUUUUAACUACAUUAAAGCGUACCAUUAUGUGACUUCACAUUCCUAGUGUUGUAUCAUCAUCACCCCAUUUGAUCCAGAAAACUUUUAUCACCCAGAAAGAAACCCUAUACCCUUGAAGCCAUUACAAGAGCAGACUUCUGAGGGAGCCGCCCUCCACUGACGACGUCUGACGUCAUACUUUUGAGGGAGACAUGCCUACAGUCUAGCCAGUGUUGGAGAGCAGGUCCCAGGAGAUGCACUGGUUGCAAACAGGUGCAUUCCUGAAAGUUUGUACGUGAGGAAACAGAGCACGGAGACUGAGGAACCUGCUCCAGCUCAGGUGUGACUGGUGAAGUCCAGCUCUCUGGCUCCAGAAUGAAGCAGACACCUCUGUCUAGAACAUAGAACCUGAGAAGAAAGACACUUCAUGGAUUUUUUUUU